AUGGUGAACCGCCGGGACGUGGACCUGGACGACGAUUACUCCGUCGCGCUCGUCUCCGUCUCCAACGGCCACGACUACUCGCACGUCAGCGACACCACCAGCUCCGAGCAGAUGAACGCCUACAUCAGGGACGUGACGGAUGGAAUCGUGGACGCCGUGAAGCGGUUGCAGGACCUUGGUGUCUCCAAGGUCCUGGUGAACUCGCUGCCGCCUCUCGGCUGCACGCCGUGGCGCUCCAGGCUCAGCAGCUACGCUCGGUGUGACAGCAGCGGCAACAACAUCGCCAACACGCACAACAUGCUCCUCGCACAGAAGCUGUCUGGAUUUGAGGACGUCCUGCUACUCGACCUCUACAGCACCUUCGACAGCGUCGCCCGAUCCAAAUCCGGCUCGACGCCGUGCUGUGAUACCUCGGACCCCAAUGGGUAUUGUGGACAGGAGGACGGCAGCGGCAGAGCUCAGUACAGCUUGUGCGCCAACCCGGACAGCUACUUUUACUGGGAUUACAUGCACCCGACGCAGGCCGGAUGGGAGGCCGUCAUGGAUCAGCUGCGAGGACCCAUCCAGGAUUUCUUGGCCAUCUCUAGCUAG